CCGUCUUAGGAAGAUAGAGAGAGAGAGUUACAGUCCCAGAGACCGAGCAGCAGAGCAAGAGCUCCACCGCCGUCGAAUCGCCGCACUCUUCUUCGGCGUAUUAGGAUUUAAGGGAACGGAAUUAGGGUGGGAAAUUGGGAAUGGAAAUCGAAAGAAAGAACAAGAGGAAGAAAUCGAUGAAGGAAGGCGGGGAGGAUGAGAAGCAGCGAGGGGUUUGCUACUUGGGUCGGAUUCCGCCGCGCAUGGAUCCGUCGACGCUUCGCCAGAUGCUCUCUCAGUACGGAGAGAUACAGAGGCUUUAUCUUGCACCCCAAGAUUCUUCUGGUCACGUUCAAAUCAAAGCUGGUAAAUUUCAGAGGCAAAAUUUUUCAGAAGGGUGGGUUGAAUUUUCUGACAAAAGGGUUGCUAAGAGAGUUGCCAAUAUGUUAAAUGGUGAACAGAUAGGUGGGAAGAAGAGAUCAUCUUUCUACUAUGAUCUUUGGAACAUCAAGUAUUUGAGUAAAUUCAAGUGGGAUAAUCUUACCGAAGAGAUUGCUUACAAGAAAGCCACUCGGGAGCAAAAACUAGCUUUAGAAAUUUCUGCUGCUAAGAAGGAGCGUGAUUUCUAUCUCACUAAAGUUGAGAAGUCCCGUGCUUUGAGUGCCAUAGAUGAAAGAUUGAUGAAGAGGCAAAGGAUCGAAGAAGAUUCAGGCGGCAAUCCCGAUCUCCCUAGUAGCCAGCCGGAACAUCAGGUAAUUCGCCGGUUCCGACAGAAGAAACCUGUAGCAAAUAAUGAUGCAAAAACCAAACCUCGGCUCUCUAAAGAUGUACUGUCAUCGGUAUUUGGCGAUUCAUAGUGCUCAAAAUUUUCAUGGAUUGGCAUACCUCAACUGGAGGAGCUGUAAACUUGUAGGACAUCAUUUGGAGUCGAAUCAUAUAACGGAUCUUUUAUGGUUGAAUCUUGUUCUCUUUGCAUUGUUUCUUGGAUUGUAAGGUUUCGAUUCGAAACUUUUCGAGUUCUACGUGAUUAACACAUACGAUUUAUGUUUCCGCUUGA